AUGGCAAUACAAUCCUCUCUUCAAAUUGAGUAUGAAAAUGCAAAAAAUAAUUUUACUCAACUUCAGACAUUUAAUUCAACAUAUUAUACUUAUUUAAAUACACUUGAUGGAAUUUAUAAGCAUGGAUUUAUGAAUGAACCUUCUAGUAUUAAAGAUAAAAUUAAUAAUCAAAUUGAGAUUAAUAAUAAUCUAAUGAUACAAAAUAAAUCAAUUAUUAAUAAGCAUAAACAAAAUAUUAGAGAAUUUGCAUUAAAUUUACUUCUUAAUCAAGAUAAACAAAUGGUGUUAAAUAGAAGAAAUAAUCCAACAAAAGAUUUUUAUGAAUAUAUUCAAUCAAUCUGUGGUAGAAAAGAAAAAGAAUCAUUUGUUGAUAGUAGGAAAAAAAAAGAAUCAUUUGAACAAUGUGCUAUUCGUGAAACAAUUAAGGAAGCAAAUAUUGAAUCUAGAGAAAUUCAUUAUAUUUGUACUCAUGAAGGAUUUCGUAAAUUUCCUGAUAGUGUUGAAUGUUUAUUUAGAACAGCAAUUUAUUUUACAAUACUUGAUGAUGAUCAAAUAUCUGAACAAACUGAACUAGAUAAACAUGAUCCAUGGGUAUUUUAUGAUCUUAAAGAAUUACAUAAACUUAAAUUAAUGGAUUUCAUAGCUAUUAAUCUUAAUCAAAUUUUAACAGCUAUAAAUAAGAAAUUUAAAUCUAAACGAAUUAGUUCUAAUUAUAAAAAAAAAAAAGUUAACAAAGCUAUUGUGGAAAAUUUUGUAAAUGGUGUUGUAGAUUCUGUAGCUAGCACACCUUCAUCUGAACCAGAAAAUAGUAAUAAUUAUGGAGAUGAUAAGAUUAGUAGUUUUAAUAUUGGGGUUGGUGAUGUUAGAAAGGAAAAUUUUAGAAAAGUUAAUUAG